UCAUUCAGCCCUGUCCAAGCGCCAAGUUCACUAAACCGCGCCCACUUAUAUAAUUAUCUAUCUAUAUACGCAAACACUCGUUAACUAUAUCGAAGCGGUCUUCUUGAGCGCUGCUUGGCGAUACUAUGUCUGCCCGCGAUUAUUACCAGCAAGGCCCUCCUCAGGGUGGUUACCAACAGGGAGGCUACCAGCAGGGUGGCUACCAACAGGGAGGCUAUCAGCAAGGUCCUCAGUAUCCUCAACAGGCAUAUGGUGGACCACAAGGCGGACCAGGCGGACCAGGCGGAUACUACCAGCAACCUCAACCGAUGCAAUAUCAGCAACAAGCUCCGCCCAAGAAAAACAACAGAGGAUGUCUGGAGACGAUGUGCGCCACUUGUCUGUGUCUUGCCCUCUGUGAGGAAGGCUGUAUUUGCAUGGACUUGUGCUGUUAAUCGCGUUCAGGCGCGACAGCACGAGAACUGCAAAGAUAGAAGAGUCUUGGAUUUCAGGGUUGUAGGCGACUGGCUACCAACACCUGUAGUCCGAUCAACUUUGCCGGUACCUCGAUGGUUUUAAAAAAGGCAAUGAAAUCUCUUACGAGCCGGUUGUUGGAUGGGUACAUAUCGGAUACAUCUUGGGAUGAUUCGUCCGGGCGACAAGUCCUGGGACGAAAACGCGAUGCUCCAGCUUGCCUGUGAAGCAGAAAUUAUGAAGUGUAUGGACUGGUAUUUUGGAUAAUUUGAGUUGACACGGCCUGGAUCGUGUGCACUAAUCACUUGAGUACGCAAGCUGCGUCCACCUUUCUAACCGUGCUAUAGUUGUGACGCAAUGAUUGUCUAACGUGGAUUGGUUGUGCGACGUUCUCCUCAAGCUCAGCCCAUCAAUGAAACCUCAAAAACUGUCAAGAAAGAGAUCAAAAGUGCAGCAAAUACGGUCGCAUGGUAAUUUGCUCGGCACCAGUAGAAUAAUGUUCAAUAGUUCCCAACAUUGCAAAGAAUACGAAUGUG